AUGAACAUCUUUACUAAAGUCCCCGGACUAGCCCAACAAACCAGCAAGCUGGGGUCUGUGCUCCAACGUGCCUUCUACGGGUCCAGUGGGAGGGUGACCCUUUUCGAGCAGAGGAACUUUGCAGGUCGCCGGCUGGACCUGACCUCUGACUGUCAGAAAUUGAGUGAUAAAAACUUUCCUGACAGAUGCAAUUCUGUCCAAGUAGAGAGUGGAGCAUGGGUGGCAUAUGAACAUGAGAACUUCCAGGGGCGUCAGUACCUGUGGGACAUGUCUGAAAGAGGGGAGUACAACUGCACCGAUAAAUGGUGUGCUCAGGGUGACCACAUCUCCUCUGUUCGGGCUGUGAAACAGGACACCAACUCUCCCCGUGCACAGCUGUUUGAGAGGGCGGGUUUUUCAGGCAGGAAAACAGAGCUUCAUGAUGACAUUCCCAACCUGAUGACCCGUCACAGUCUGAACAGAGUGUCCUCCAUGAGAAUUAUGGGUGGAACCUGGGUGGCGUAUCAGGAGCCAAACUACAGAGGAGCACAUUACAUUCUGGAGAAGAAGGACUACAACAGCUUCUCCGACUGGGGUGCUCAGAACAGCACCGUUGGCUCAAUUCGCCGUGUCCGCUUCAACUAAAUCAAAUCCCCAC